AUGACCCAGCCCCGCAGGGUGUCAUUCACCACCCUCCGGGAUCCUCAGAGCACCAGCCUUUUAAAAACAUUUGGGAAAGAUCAGCCUCAGAGCAGAGAACCACCUAAAAAAACUGCUCGAAUCACCAUCAGUCUCUUCGCACCAGAUGAUGACCAUUAUCCAGAAUUUUUCUACCCCGAUCUUCUGAAGAGCUGCCAAGAGAGCGGAGAAGGGAGUUCAGGAGCCAAGAAGACAGACCAUGCUCCUCCCUUUGAUGGUGACGAGAAAGAACAGCAAGAAGUGGCAGCUCUGGCGAGGAAGUUUGAAGAAAAAUAUGUACGUUUUCUGUCCUUAUAUUGUGUUAUCCUUUAGAAGGGGCAGAGCUGCCAGCCAGAGAAGACUGGUUUGGUUCUGCUGCUGGCAGGAGCCAAUGUCAGUGUCCUGUAUUGAGGCCCUUCCUGUGGGAAUUGGAAAGAUGAACACAUUCUCAAUCUUCUAUUCUUUAGGGUGGCAAGAGACAGAGAAAGGACCGGAUAGAGGACAUGAUUGACAUGGGGUACGGAUACGAUGAGUCUGACUCCUUCAUCGACAAUUCUGAAGCGGUGAGUGUGGGGCAGGAGUGAGGGGGCUGAAGGCAGCUGCCUGGGGGGCUGCGCUGGCACCUGAAGUGGGUGUGAGCCAGGAGUGUUCCAGGGCCAGGAACGAGAGCU